GUGAGUGCGCGCGCGCGUGUGUGUGUGUGGGUAUUGGAGAGUGUGCGUGUGUGUGUUCCGCGCGGUGAUGCUCCAGUGCUGAAGGCGCUCGCGCUGAGUGAGUGUCUGUCUCCUCGUGCGCUCUCUCUCAGUGCGCUCGUGCUGCUGCUGUUGCUGCUGGAGCUCCGCGCGCGUCUCUGGAGGAGGACCACCUGCAUCCCCCCUGUCUAUCUCUCUUUUUUUCUCUCUUUCUCUCUGUGGAGGAGAACUGUCCUCUCCUUCUCUCCUCCAUCAUCCCCUCUUCUCCCCAUCUCUACACCCCCUCCUCCACCACCCCCAGCCCCGCGCCCGCGGCCCCGCUGAAUGAACCCUCCAGCCCCCCCGGCCCCGCUGCAGCAUGAAGACCAGUCGGAAGUGCCGCGCGCUGCUGUCGGUGGGCCUGAACCUGCUCGCGCUGCUGCUCUCCACCACCGCCUUCAUCACCACCUACUGGUGCCAGGGCACGCAGCGCGUCCCCAAGCCCAACUGCAGCAAGGAGCGCCGCCACAACUGCAUCGACUACGGCGUGAACGAGACCGACCCCAGCAAGGUGCACUACAGCUGGGAGACCGGGGACGACCGCUUCCUCUUCCGGCACUUCCACACCGGCAUCUGGUACUCCUGCGAGGAGAACAUCCACGGAGGAGGUGAGAAAUGCAGGAGUUUUAUUGAUCUGGCUCCGGCGUCGGAACGAGGUGUCCUUUGGCUGUCAGUGGUCUCUGAGGUGCUAUACAUCAUGCUCCUGGUGGUUGGCUUCAGUCUAAUGUGCUUGGAGCUCUUUCACUCCAGUAACGUGAUCGAUGGGCUGAAGCUGAACGCCUUCGCCGCAGUCUUCACCGUUCUCUCAGGUCUUCUCGGCAUGGUGGCUCACAUGAUGUACACACAAGUGUUUCAGAUCACUGUCAGUCUGGGUCCAGAAGACUGGAGGCCGCACACGUGGGACUAUGGCUGGUCCUUCUGCAUGGCCUGGGGUUCCUUCACCUGCUGCAUGGCAGCGUCCGUUACCACGCUCAACUCCUACACCAAGACGGUGAUCGAGUUCCGGCACAAGCGGAAGCUUUUUGAGCAGGGUCUCCGCGAGGAGCAAACCUUUCUAGACCAGGAGGCCUUCCACUACUUCCGCGACCGCUCGGUGCAGUCCAUCUCCAGCGCCGUGGAUGUAUACCCGGGCCACGGGAGCGGACACGGGAGCUCGCACAGCAGCGUGUACGGAGGCAGCCGCGGGAAGCUGCGGGCCCCCUCAGCCUCUGUGGACCUGGGGGACAACACAGAGUCACUGGGGGAGGAACAGUGCUGAGAUGGAACACAGGAAAACGCAGAACAGGCCUUGCUUUGGUCUGGAGAAUCUGCAGGAAAGCAGCUCAGACAUACAAUAUAAUGGACCAAAAUUUGAAGGGACUUGCGAGGGACAUGCUAAUAAAAAAAGUGAGUUUAUAUUUGAAAAUAUAUAGUCAGAUAUUUUCUGUAUAAAUGGAAACGAAUGGAGUCAAGAUGGGAUGAUGAAAUUUCUUCUAAAUUGUGGCAGGAUAUCAAGUGAUGAAUGUACUGUAAUGAAAUGGACAUUUAUGUGACAUUAUGGCGAGACAUGGUGAGACAUGCUUCGGCAUCAGCAGACGGAGUCUGAGAGAGCACAGUUGUCCAUGCUAUCUCUGGGUGGGGGGGAAAUGGCGCUCUCUCUCUCAUCAUUCCUUCCAGUGUGACUCUGAUUGGCACAAGCCUCUAUUGGCUGAUGAAUCAAAGCUGGGGAUGCGGCACUUUCCUUUAUUUUAGUUCUAUAUUGGCAACGGUUUAAAGUGGUGAAGAGGUGGAGGCCUACACUGAAAAAAAAAAAUGAUUCGUAAAAUUUACUUGAAAAAAGUUUCACAACUUUAUACAUUUUCUUUUUUUUUUUAAAUAAAAUUAAUUUCAAAUACAUUUAAGUAACUUCAACUCUGUUAAAUGUUAAAUAAAGUAAAUAA